UUGUGCAGAUAUGAACCAAUCAUAUCAAAAGCGAUUUCUAAUCUAUUUGUCGAUGUAAAGUUCAAAAAGGGAGAAAGGAGGCUCAAAUUUAAAUACCAAGAGGCACUUCCCCUUAUGAAAGGCAUUGGUGCUGCCGUAUUGUCCAUGCUGACUAGAUACAGGCAUAUUAUGUUUGUGCAAGCACAGGAGCUACCAAAUAUAAAUACGCCUGGCGGUGAAAUAACGUUUAACGACUGUGCAGAUCCUUACAAUCAAAAGAUGCCAUCCAGUGACUUGCAAGUAUCGUCACUUGAAUUUGAAAUAGUUGAUAAAUAUGGUGACGAUGACGAUCCGAAUUGCAAGUAUGAUACUAUAUGUAAGAAUAUAGACAUGAAGGAUUUUAAAAUGGCUGAUGGAAAAGCGGUUUUCUACACUGAGCUUGGCAAAAAAGCCGCUGGCACCGGCAGCUUGAAGAUAGAAAGAUCAACGGCAGAUGCAUUGCGCGAAUUCAUGAAUCAGAUAUCACAAAAACGCGGCGAAAAUGGCUUUAUGGUGAUGGAACAUACGCAUAUGGGGCCAUGCAUACUUUGCAAACGAAAUGGAAAUAUCCUCGAAGCCCUGGGCAUUGAAUUGAGAGAGGGCAAAUAUUGUCUGAGGGCAAGUGCCUCUAAUGGUAAGAACGAGUGCAUUAUCGUGUAUGCACAUUGUAUUGUGAACCAAAACACCAAAAUAAAAGUUUGUCCAAUGGAUAUGCUUGGUCUUAGCGAUGCUGACAAAAAGACACUAAAAGACUCAAUGAAUAUCGAGAUUAUGACAGGCGCACACCAGCCUGAGGAGAAAAAUGGUGUCAAUGAGUUUCUUGACUCAAUUGUGGAUGGAAUUACAACUACUAUCAAUGACUCUAACGCUGAGGAGACGAAAGGAUCCAUUGAUGAAAGCAGUGAUGCUACAUUUUCUAGCGAGCCUGAUGUCGCUAACGUAUAUGACUAG